CGCGACUUCUGAUUGGCUGUAGCGUAAAUGACACGUAAAAGACAGAGGCGGAAGCUGGUCGUAAACAGAGGUUCAAGGUAGAUUUAACCCAGUUCCGUCUUUUCUUUCUACAAAUGAACGACAUGUUGGAAGUGGCUGCAGAACAGAUGGUGAUCCAAAGAGAUUUCCAGGCGGCUUUCGAUACGUGUAACAGAAGUUUGGACAAUCUGAGGUCCAGCACGGAGUCAGAUGACGACAGAUGUGCAGAGUUCAAAGCUGGGUUCUGCAUCUUAGGGAUCCAAGCGUUGGCUGAACUGAAUCAGUGGCAGAGUGCCCUCUCCUGGGUCCUUCAGCAGUAUGAACAGGUGGAGACAGUACCAGCAAAAAUAAUGCAGAUGUGCAUACUUCUUUACUCUAAGGUGGGACAUCCUGUUGGGAUUCAGGAAGCAGCCAGAGUUUGGCUCCACCGACCGUGCAACAGCAGAGUGUCAGGGUUUGGGACGGUGGCGGAGCUGUAUCUGCUGCAUGUUCUGGUUCCUCAGGGACAAACAGAAGAGGCUCGGGAGAUGAUCGUCGGCACGGUGGGAAACAGUGCAUUCACAGAAGACCAGAGACAAAUGGCGCUGGAUGUUGUAGAAGAGAAGGCGCAGCAGACUCGAGAACCACCUCCAGACGUUAACCCAAACUCUGAAAUGACUUCACAUUCGGUCUCACCAAAAGGUGCCGUGGUCCGUAAACUCGAAGCUGCGCUCAGAUGUUUGUACAGGAAACUGUUUGUGACAAGUUUUUCUUCCUUCUCUUUGCGGAGAAUCUUCCUGGCUGUCGUAUUCCUCUACCUGAUCUUUGUGCGAAUGGAUCCAGCUCUUCCAUCGACGUUCAUGUGGAUUUCCAAACUUCUUCAACUGAUCAAACAGAUGUGGAGGUCCACAUUCAAACUGUACUAUAGUACUCCAUCUGAUAGUAUGGGACUGUAGAGGUAUAAAAAUCACGGUGUUAUUUUUCUGUGGCUCUACAUUAUCCAGGAGUGGAUCAUCAUCAUCAUCAUCUUCUUCUUCUUCCACCGUACUCAGAAAAUGUUUCUAUUUAAUUUAGCCAAAAACAUUUCUGAGUUUCCUUUUCAAGAACUGUGAGUAUAACCACAGGUGGUUGAAGAAACAUUUUUGGUUGAAGGAAAAACAUUUGGUUGCCAAAUAAAUAAUAAUAAUUGAGUUGAUAUCAAGAUAAAC